ACUGGGCCCUGAAGAAAAUUUUGGGCUUCCGCAUUGGUUGGCAUAUAUGCCGGUAAUAUACGGAAGCAUUUCUGUUCUCCGUUUGUUACUUUUCUAUCUCUUUGUCUAUCUUCGGAUUGCAGUAGACGAGCCAAUACGCGUACUUUGCUGGCAAAUUUUCCCGAUCCCUAUCCUCAAUGGACUUUUGGACGGCAUACUCUUCAUAACAGGCGUUCUCGCAGUUCCUGGGACUGGGGUUUUCGGCAAACACCGCAGACAGACCGAUCCCGGGGAAGGUUUUUGGUCCGGUUGGAGUUUUGCUGAGAUUACUAUGUUUAUCAUGCUAUUGGUAUUGUUUGGACAUAACAUAUCGGUCACGCUUGGAGUCCAGGUCACCUAUAGAGAAUGCAAGCUGCAUCAUGUUGAGAAUAGGUCUCUGCAGGUCUCCGAGUCAGACUGACAACCAAGA